AUGAUCACGGGAUCUAUUGACGAGGAGACCACUUAUUGGGAUACACCAUACGAGGCUGGGAUAGAGAAAGAGAACAAAACGUCAGCAAGUGUAGUAACCCCAGCAUCGCAAGCUAAGACAGAUAUGUAUUUUGAUGAGGAGGAAGAAGAAAUGAACGAAACAGAAGAAGUAUCAGACCCUAUUUUGAAAGGACCAGGUGUUGAGAGUGUUAGUUGGAUGGUUAUAUUAGAUGAUGUCGUAGAACGCGUAUAG